AUGUCGUCCACUACAACGCGGGCAUCAAGCCACGCCGACGCCGACCUCAAGCACACCGAACACGCCAGCGCUUCCCAUCCACCCCCGCCCCCGCCCCCACCUCUGACCGACGACCCGUCAGACUAUUUCGACGCAGCAGCCGACGCGUUCCUCGAACACCACCUCGCGUCCGCUGCCCACCUCCUCUUCCGCAUAGUGUACCACACGGCAGCAGUCGCCCUCGGCCUCCGCAUCGCAAAGUGGUAUUUUGACCACACGCGCGCGCUCGCCGACCAGCGCUUUGCGUAUCUCGUCCUCUCGGCCGUCGGGGCUAUCCCCUUCGUCCUCGCCGUGCCGCUUUACGGCCUCGUAACCUCGUAUGCGGUACGGCGGGGGGCUGCACUCCUCUCCCGCUCCGUUGUCGGCCUCAAGCCGGCCCGUCCUCUCUCCUCUCACCACACCCAAGCGUUCCCACCCUCUCAACCCACCCAACCCUCUUAUCCCUCCCAGGCCGCCUCAUCUUCCCAACCCCUCCCCCCACCCCGCCGCCCGCGCGACCUCACCCUCCCCCUCCUCGCCGCCGUAGCCCUCCUCGCCACCCUUCUCCUCUGGCAGUCCCCGCCCCCUCCAGCCCUCACCACGCCCAACCCCCUCCUCCCGCCCUUCGGCCUCGUCCCCGCCCGCCACUUCGACCCCACAACCCUGCGAUACGAACUACACGCCGACGUGCACGCCACCGUGCAACUCCAUCUCGCCGACGUGCGCCGCGAGCUCGUCGCCCAAAGCCAAGCACACGCCAAGGCGCUCGCGGAGCUACAAGCCCAGCUAAAGCGGACACAGGACGAGCUCGAGGCGCUGCAGAACCGCUCGGUCGCCCAGUCGCUGCAGCACGCCGUGGACGCGUGCUCGGUCGCCAAAAUCGCCGACCUCGCCGCCGCAGCCGUCAAGUGGGUCAAGCUGUUGUAG